CAAUCUCUUUCUCUCUCACUAUCUCCAUCUGUUUUCUCUUUCAUCGAAUCACACACCCAAAAAUAUAUAAAAUUCAUUUCAUUAACAAAUCGAAAAAUCGAAACCAUAUUUUUUGAUCGUUCCCGGUGCUUCUCACCAUAACGAUUUUUUUCUCAUGCACUCGCGAACGAUUUCGAUCACUGCCUUUAUUUUGAUUCCAAUGUUCUGACUGAUCGAUCCUCCACACACACACACGCGGAGGCUGUUUUGAAUUUCGGCGGCGGCGGCGGCGGGAGCACAAGAAAUGGCUUCGGCGCAGAACCAAGCGUCGAAUGUGGAUCUCUUCGAUGCGUAUUUCCGUCGCGCCGAUUUGGACCGCGAUGGCAAAAUCAGCGGCGCCGAAGCCGUCUCCUUCUUCCAAGGCUCCGGUUUGUCCAAGCAAGUUCUUGCUCAGAUAUGGGCAAUUGCCAACCAGAGCCAGAGUGGUUUUCUUGGUCGGCCAGAGUUCUAUAAUGCCCUUAAACUUGUCACUGUGGCACAAAGUAAACGAGACCUAACCCCUGACAUAGUGAAGGCAGCAUUGUAUGGCCCAGCUUCAGCUAAAAUACCUGCACCACAGAUCAGUGUUACUGCCAUGCCUGCACCUCAGUUCAAUACUUCCGCUGCUGCAUCAGCUCCUACCCCUCCAGUUGGUCCGGUUACUCCAACGUCCUCCCAAAAUCUUGGGUUCAGGGGACCACAAGUUCCUCCUAAUGCGGGUAUCAACCAGCAGCAUUUUCCUUCACAAGGAAGUCAGUUGAUGAGGCCUCCACAGGCUGUAACUUCCUCUGCUCCCCGCCCGACACAGGGUGUUGGCAUUCAAGGAUUAACUGGUGGAGUAGCUGGGACUGGGCCUCGCCCUCCAAAUCCAAGCAUCUCAAGUGAUUGGGUUGGUGUAGGGACAGGUGCCUUACAAGUCCCAGUCAGUGGAAUGAGUACCUCAGUCAGUUCUGAUGGAUUUGGGCUGGCAACAUCUGGAUCGCCUGCCACACUGCCACCUAGGCCACAAGCAACAUUUGGAAUGAGGCCAUCCGGACAACCGGCUAAGGAUUCUAAACCCUUGGAUGUAUCUGGAAAUGGUUUUGCAUCUGACUCAAUUUUUGGUGGUGAUGUUUUUUCUGCUACCCCAUCUCAACCAAAGCAAGAUUCUUCCACACGUACUAUUUCUGCAAGCAAUUUACCAGUCUCAUCAUCAGUUGUUCCGGUAUCUUCAGUGAUCCAGCCUUCUUUGCAGACUUCACUCACAACACAGCCUGUUGGUGGUCAGCGUCAGCAGGUCCCGGCACUUGCAAAUCAGUACCAAAAGGUUUCAACACAGACCACUUCUGCAUCUAGAUCAUCUGGAAUAUCACUUGGUGCUGAGAUUUCUGCUUCCAGUCAGUCCCAGCAGUCAUGGCCUAGGAUGAGUCCAACUGAUGUUCAGAAGUAUACCAAAGUAUUUAUGGACGUAGACAAGGACAGAGAUGGGAGGAUUACUGGUGAAGAAGCCCGCAAUUUAUUUCUUAGUUGGCGACUGCCAAGAGAGGUUUUAAAGCAGGUGUGGGACUUAGCGGAUCAGGAUAAUGAUAGCAUGCUUUCUCACAGGGAGUUCUGUGUUGCUCUGUAUUUGAUGGAGCGGUAUAGAGAAGGCACUCCUCUUCCAGCAGUGCUCCCAAGCAGCAUUAUAUCUGAUUUACCUACCCCUGGCCAACCUACCAACUACUCCAAUGCAGCAUGGGGACAUGCGCCUGGUUUUCAACAACAGCAUGGGAUGCCUGGUCCUGGUGCUCGGCACAUGGCAGCAGGAAGGCCUCCGAGGCCUGUUGCAGUCCCUCAGGCUGAAGGGUCACAGGCCAGUCAGCAUAAGGCAAAAGUUCCAGUGUUGGAGAAACACCUUGUAGAUCAACUCAGUACCGAGGAGCAGACCUUGCUCAAUUCAAGGUUCCAAGAAGCAACAGAGGCUGAUAAAAAGGUAGAAGAACUGGAGAAAGAAAUAUUGGAUUCUAGACAGAAAAUUGAAUUCUGCCGCACUAAAAUGCAAGAACUUGUUUUAUACAAGAGCAGAUGUGACAAUCGCCUUAAUGAAAUCACAGAAAGAGCAUCUGCUGAUAAACGUGAGGUUGAGUCCCUGGCCAAGAAAUAUGAAGAGAAAUACAAGCAAAGUGGAGAUGUAGCCUCCAAGUUAACUAUUGAAGAAGCAACAUUUCGUGAUUUACAGGAGAGGAAAAUGGAGCUUUAUCAGGCCAUUGUUAAGAUGGAACAAGAUGGCAGUGCUGAUGGUGUUCUUCAGGUUCACGCUGAUCGUAUCCAAUCAGAUCUUGAUGAACUAGUAAAAGGUCUAAAUGAACGCUGCAAGAAAUAUGGAUUACGUGCGAAACCAACCACAUUGACUGAGCUUCCCUUUGGUUGGCAACCUGGGAUCCAAGAGGGUGCUGCUGACUGGGAUGAAGAUUGGGACAAGUUUGAGGAUGAAGGAUUCUCUUUUGUGAAGGAGCUCACUCUUGACGUCCAAAAUGUCAUAGCACCUCCAAAGGAAAAAUCCAAAUCAGCUAGUAAUGAAAAAGCCUCCACAGUUGAAAGUCCAACAGCGGCUUCACCUAAAGCUGAUGUUAAGGUGGAAAAGCCGCAGACUAUGGAUGAACAAGCUGUUGAAAAUGGAUCGGCAUAUAAUAGAAGUGAAGAUGAGUCCGCAAAAAGUGCCCCUAGCAGUCCCUUUGCAAGGAGUGCUGUUGAAAGUCCACCAAGAGAAUUCCCUGAUUCUAACUUUGACAAGGCUCAUAGUGCAGAUGCCUCACCCAGUAAUAAAGAUUUUCAAAGUGAUGGUGGUGCGGGGUCUAUGUUUUCUGGUGAUAAGAGUUUUGAUGAAUCAGCUUGGGGAACAUUUGACGCUAAUGAUGAUGUUGACUCAGUGUGGGGCUUUAAUCCAAUCAAAACAACCAAGGAGCCUGCUCAAGAAAGAAAUGGAGAUAACUAUUUAUUUGGGUAUGGGGAUUUUGGUUUAAACCCUAUCAGAACAGGGUCACCACAAGCAGGUGGCCUUUUCCAGAAGAAGAGUACAUUUGCUUUUGACGAGUCUGUUCCUAGCACACCCGCUGGCCUUUUCCAGAAGAAGAGUACAUUUGCUUUUGACGAGUCUGUUCCUAGCACACCACUCUACAGUUCAAGCAAUUCGCCACAUAAAUAUGAGGGAUCAGGACCUGCUUUUGAUGGCUUUUCAAGAUUUGAUUCUUUCAGCACGCAUGACAGUGGCUUUUUUGCCCCACGUGAAUCUCAUACACUAGCACGAUUUGAUUCUGUUCUCAGCAGUAGAGACUCUGAUCAAGGUCAUGGAUUCCCAACCUUCGAAGACUCGGACCUUUUUGGAUCUGAGCCAUUUAGAACAUCCAUAGAUAGCCAACCUGCCAGUCAACCUGCUAGGAAAACAACUGAUAAUUGGAAUGCAUUUUAGCUGGUUGGUUCUGCAUCUUAUCUGUGUGCGCUUUUCUGCGUUAAAACCUUCUGAGUGCUGUUUAUUUCAUGAUGAUGCAAUCUUUGGAGUGGUUUGAGUCAGCAUGCUUUGGUUUGCAACCAUCGAGUGCUUGUAAUGUAUUUUUGUAUUACUCCUUGUGUAUCCAUCCUCCCUUUUAUCUUUCUUUUAAUUCUUUUUCUUCCAUUUACUUUUCUAGCUCUUUGGGUAUUCUUUUUUUCUUUUCCAUCUUUGUCAGUCUCUAGUUCUGUUAAAAGAAAUCUUCCAAAUAUAUAUAUAAAUAUAUAUAUAUAUAUAUAUAUUUUUUUUGUAACACAUUGAUGAGUGUGUAUCUUAUCAUCAAGGAGUUAUCUUUGUUGUAUGCAAUUAAAAAUCUUAAAUAAAUUUUUUGGUCGCUGAUGUGUUCUAUGCAAUUAUUGAAUAAAUUUUGUUAAGUCAAUGUGGCUUUAUUGGGAUC